CGACGAUCCAAGAGAAUGGAACAAGUUCUGAUGUCAUGGUGAACGAAAGGUCAUCAGUCAGUCUUCACUGCACUGCCUCUGGUUAUCCCCAACCGAAAAUAUUCUGGAGGCGAGAAGAUGGGAGAGAUAUUAACCUGGGAUCGUUCGGCACAAAAUCAUAUUCAGCGGCCAAGGUUAAAGGGACCUUCUUGAACUUAACUCAUGUUAUCAGGAUACAUAUGGGAGCUUACUUGUGCAUUGCCUCGAAUGGAAUCCCUCCUUCAGUAAGCAAACGUAUUAUGCUGGAUGUAAACUUUCCUCCCCAAAUUCGGGUGCCCAAUCAAGUUAUUGGAGCCACUCCAGGAAAUGACGUAAUACUGGAAUGUAGGGUUCAAGCCUGGCCACGUCCUAUGACCUCUUGGGUGAGAAAUGAAGACACCCUGCUACUAGCGAGCAAAAAAUAUCAACUUACUGAAGUGUACGAUUCCUAUAAUGUCGAUAUGAAACUGAAAAUAAGCAAUCUUCAAAAAGAAGAUUUCAGUUCCUACAAAUGUGGAGCCAAAAAUUCGUUUGGUGAAAAAGAAGGGUUUAUUCGUCUUCACGCUUUGGCACCUGUACAGAACACGAGGGAAGACGCAGAUGGGUAUAAUUCUCAUCAGCUCAGUGCAGAAGAUUUACACGGACCGAAAAAAGUCAGCUUGGCCAACAAGACGAUUCCGAACGUACCGACAACCAACUCCUUGACAGACCAGUCUCGUUUGUUUUCGUCAGACAGAGAGCUGAAAGGAAAUGCGGACAGUCUUGAAGGAUCAGUUAAGAUGAAUGAGGGUAUUGAAGAUAGAAAACAAACUCAACUACCUGACAUUGCAAAUAACAGUUCAAAUUCAAGCAGUGGUAUUUUAACGACUCCGAAGAAUAUUUACAUUUUGGUGUGGUGGGUUUUACAUUCUCGGAACUCGCAGCUUUAGAACGUUUUUCUCCUGAAGUUAAAGUCCAUACUUCCAGUUGCACCGCCAAAUUUCUGUUUCCCAGAAGCAAGACUGUAAAUCCUGGACUUGAAUAUCUUACGCGUAAGGAUGUAAAGCAUGUUGUCAUUCUAAAGGUUCAAGCAAAAUAUCUCGCUGUAAACCAGUACAAUCCCGUAAUUGUUGGAAAAAGGUGUCAAACCAGUACAUUCCCGUAAUUGUUGGAAAAAAGGUGUCAAACCAGUACAAUCCCGUAAUUGUUGGAAAAAGGUGUCAAACGUUCGGUUGGUCGAACAACUGAAAUGUUUCAAUGUGGAGAGGUAAGCACCAGCUUGCGGUUAGAAGUAAAUGGUAGAAAUGGAUAUUAGGAUCUAUCGUCUUCGUCAAUUUCCUAAUGCUCCGUUGUUCCAGUUAUAAGGUUUGUCUAUUUACAUCCUGAAGACAAGAUGUAUGCUUGUUAACUUCCAAGCAUUUGGAUGACGUAUAUGAUGAAAGAAUGGCUCAUCAUCGUUACCUUGUUCGAAUGUGAAUAAGAAAUGAAAAAAAAACAACAAGUUAAUAUUUUACUAUCUAAUUCAAAGCUCAAAUUUAAUAAGAAACUAUAUUACAUCCGACCUAGUGUUAACAGUCAAAUCUUUAACUUUGUCUGAGAGAUAACUAAUUUAAAAAAUGUAUAAAUGUAUUGUAUGUACUGUAAACAUCUUACAAGCUAAAUUGUGUCUAGCUCGAUUAACUGUAUAAUUAUUUUCUAAUAAUGCUUGCAUCAAAUUAAAAACAAAUAGUAACGUGUUAGUACUUAUUAGACAGCUAUUUAAUAAGUGAGUCAUGCUUCUUAUGUACAAUGUAUGUUGGUUUGCUGGACUGAAAGAUUCUCAGUCGUAUCAUCAUACUUAAUCAGAAUAUUGUCAAAAUGAUUCAGCUAUUAAAAUCAUAAACUUUU